UAGCUGGGCCGGCGUCUCCCUUUGCCUCCAGAGUGGCCUGUGACUUCGGCAGACAUGUUUCGCGCCUUGUGCCUCCUAGCUGUGCUCGCAACUGUCCGCGCCUGCAAGCCCUGUACUUGCGGCGUGCGUCGAGGUGCCCGCGUGGUGGGCGGAGGUGCUGUGACUCCCGGCGAGUUCCCUUGGCUCGCUGCACUCAUGCGAGAUGGCAAGCAGAUCUGUGGCGCCACUGUUGUUGCCAGAGACCAUUUGAUCACCGCUACACAUUGUAUUUUCGAAGUCGAAGCAUCUCGCCUUUCCGUGCUGGUUGGUGAAUACGAUGUGAACAACUCGAGAUCGGACGGAUUUUCGGUGUCCCAGGUGUUACAACACCCUGACUUCAACAGAUACACGUAUGACAAUGACAUUGCCGUCCUUCGUCUAGCUGAGCCGCUGCCUGAUAGCCUUUAUCGGCCCGCGUGUUUGCCUGAUGAGGAUGAUGACUAUCUAGAUGGAGGAGAUGCAAUAGUUUCCGGUUGGGGCAGUACCAUUGAAAAAGGACCUCCUUCCAACAUUCCCAUGAAAGCUGAAGUACAAAUAUGGUCACAGGAGGAAUGUACAAAUGCUGGUUACGGUCGCCGGAAGGUUACACCACGUAUGAUCUGCGCUAACGCCCCGGAUCGUGACUCCUGCAGCGGAGACUCUGGCGGACCGUUGAUCAUGGCUCAACCACAUUUUACACUUGUCGGUAUAGUUUCCUGGGGUCGUGGAUGUGCAAGACAAGGCUAUCCUGGCGUAUACGCGCGUGUAGACCGCUUUAUGCCGUGGCUGAAGAUUGCCCUGCGACACGCGUGCCUCUGCCAACCACCUUCCUUCCAAUAGCAAAAUAAUUAUAACAAACAUACAAAAUAAUUAUAAAAAUAAAAAUAUACAAAUGAAUAUGAGGCUAAAACAAGCCUGUAGAGAGCUUUAAACCUAUCAUAGGAGGCGUUAUUUCUAAAAUGUAUGUGACCUUUCAAAGUUUACCUUUAACUGACGUAAUAUUGCCAUGUAAACCAAAGUAAUAUUGCAAUGGAUGCUAUAAAACAAGUGGUUUAAGACAUGUGAAUUAUAAUCUAAUAUAGUUGUAGGGUUACAUCAGUAUUAAGAAUAAUUAUAAUGUUAUUGUUAUAUCUGUAUGCAUGCAUUUAAACAGACAUAAUUUAAUUGAAUAAAAGAUGAAUAUGUAGUUUAACACAUUUAGUAAUUAGAUUUAUUCAUUAUUUAUUGGACUUAGUUAAUGUUAUUAUUAUUUACAAUUUGAAUAGAUGAAAAUUAAACAGUUAUGUCUGUUUUAUGCACUGGUAGUUUUAUAAUAAACGGCUGUGACUUAGUUGUAGAAAAUGUUACGAUUAGUUUUAUUUAUUUUUGGCGUUUAACGAUGAAAAUAUCUUAUUUAAUAACUAUUAAUAUACCUUAAUUAUACAAUGCCUGUAGAAAAAUUUACAUUGAAAUUAAGUUAUUUACUUAAAUAAUAAUUAUAAUGUAUUGAAAAAACA